AUACAACAGAAAAAAAGACAUGAGAAAGGGAGUCUCCCUAGUGGAACCCAUGACGAAGCUUGCCAUAUACAAAGCACUUGAAGCAAGCUAAAUGGUUUGCAUCUGGUUGAAAGGGUCCGAAACAAGCCAGGCGAGAGCACCUUCAGGACCAUCUUCUCGGCGACACCUGGCGGAAAGCCCAUCUUGUCGCCGGGCCCGCCGAGGAGUCGGUAAAAGUCGGUCUUGCGGUACAAAAAGCCAAAGUAGACCUGCAGAAAGUCUUGAAUGUUUCCGACAUGCUGCAGAAUGCCCAGCAGCGCGUUGUCGUACAUUUCCGUCAUCUCGAGCGGCGACGACAUGGCGAUGUUUUCCUCCGUGCUCCUUCAAAGACACUCCCAAGUAACUCAGGGACGCGGUGAACUUGUAGAAUAAUAAAUAAGUGGACGUUUAGAGGAAAACAAUCAACGUUUAAGCCAGUUGUGUAGCAUUUCUUCACGUCUGUGGCGGCUCCUUCUAGAACAAUAUCACGUAUCCGGUUGAGCACCUUCCAAAUAAAUUCACUUGACGUUACAUGUAACAGGAACGAAUUUUCACGAACACUAUAAAUGACUUCCAAAAUAUAAUUCCUUAUCUAAUAAGAUUCUAACACCAUUAAUCCGUGUAGUGCAUUGUUUACGCGUCUUUAACAAAUAGGAACGUUUUAUUUUGUCUCUAUCCGGUUCUUACAUUUACAGUCGCCCGUGCAGAACCGAGAACGAGAGAUCCAAAGUCAUUCCGCAUCAUGUUCUGCCUUUAAUUUCAAUAUUCUACUUACAAAUCACAUGCUACAUUUCUCAUUUAGUUCAUUUCAAAGUGAUACAUUUUUAAUCGUGUUCUUGAUGCUAUACCAUUGCGGAUUGUAAACUGUUAGCAUCGUUAGCGCUAACGGUGAAAGCAAGAUGUCGGCGUCCUUGAGCACCGCAGGAUGCUGGAGGUUCCUGGCUGCAGUGAGCAGCUCGAGUCCUCCCCGAAGCAGAGCUCUUCACGUCACAGCAGUUUGCUGCAAGAACCGAGCGGCUCGCAUCCGAGUGGGGAAAGGGGACCGUCCGGUGACCUACGAGCAGGUCCUGAAACCUCACCACAUCGGCCACCGCAAAGGAUGGCUGUCGCAGCACACGAGUAACCUAAAAGGCGAAGACGGCGCCGCGGAGCGCACGGUGGAGGACGCGUUCGUCCGCCGCUUGAUGUUCGGCACCUUCCACGGUUGCCUGGCCAACGAGGUGGUGAUCAAGAGGCGCGGCAACCUGCUGAUCGUCUGCGCCCUCGUGCUGCAAAAGCUGCCGCCGCAGAAGUUCUACUUCCUGAUCGGAUACGCCGAGUCGCUGCUGUCGCACUUCUACAAAUGUCCCGUCAAGCUGGACGUGCAGACGCUGCAGGAGAAGCAAGUGUACAAGUAUCUGUGACCGUCCGGGACGGCCGAUCCUUCUUGAACUUCCCGUUUCCAGUCACAACACCCCAGCAGUUUCUGUUCAACUUUUUUUUUUUUUUUUAAUACAAUGAGCCACGACGGACACUCACAAGCUUGUUGGUGUACUUCCACAAAAUAAAGUCCAAUAAGUAAUUCACA